AUGCCCAUUGCAGAACUACCAAAUAGAAUAAACCCACGAUACCUCCAAAGUACCAAGCCAGGAUCAUCACUUUUAUCUCUCAACUGGCCCAAGCCUCCUCAAAACCUUCUCAUCAUCCACAAGCUGUACUCAGAUGCAGUUGUCGACGCCGUUGUCAAGUUUUCCACAUACCUUCACAAUGAGUAUCCCGAGGUCAACCUUGUAUUCGAGCCACGCAUCGCCGAAUCGCUAAAGGAACAUCUCGAUUUCCCAAUCUACGCCUCCGACUCUCGAUCCAACAUGGCAGACAAGGUUGACGUCAUUGCAACAUUUGGAGGAGAUGGCACUGUUCUCCGAGCUGCUAGUCUGUACAAGCUUCAUGGCUCUGUUCCUCCCAUCCUUUCAUUCAACAUGGGAACGUUGGGGUUUCUCGGAGAAUGGGAUUUCAGGGAAUACAAAAAGGCUUGGAGGGAAACGUUUAUGAGUGGCAGUGAUGUUGCAACACGCGAAGCCAACUACCCUCGUGGCGAUUGGGACAAGACAACCCCAGUAUCCUACACAGCUUGGGAUAGGCACAAGGGGAAGAGCAUGGGAGCUCAGCGAGCUUCCAAGGUGCUGCUGCGCCAUCGCAUCAAGGCUGACGUGUUUGAUCCCUCGGGAAACAAUAUCAACCAUUGGCUGUCAGAUACGUUAUCAAGCGAAGCCAAGUCGGGGGCAAAAGCGUUAGCAGUCCCGCACGAACCGUCGCCAUCAUUGAGAGCAAUCAACGAGAUAUCGGUGCAUCGAGGAUCUCACCCUCAUCUAGCCAUUAUCGACAUUUACCAGAACGGGCACUUUCUUACCGAAACCACAGCUGAUGGUAUACUUAUCAGCACACCGACUGGCUCGACAGCGUACAGUCUAAGUGCGGGCGGCCCUAUUGUUCAUCCACUAGUCAAGUCCAUUCUUAUCACGUCCAUCAGCCCUUGUAGUCUCAGCUUUCGAUCGCUAGUACUUCCACUGGACACAAAGGUCACCUUGCGGAUGAGCCGGAAGAACCGUGGCCGUGAGCUUGAUCUCAGCAUUGAUGGCAAGCGAUGCGCCGGAGUGUCCCCAGGGACCGAGAUUCGGGUGGAAGGUGAAUUCAUUGGACGUGCUGGGCCUGGUGAAGAGUGGCAUGGCGGUGUGCCAUGCAUGAUCAGGACCGAAGAUGAUGACCCUUGGGUUGGUGGAUUGACUGGCCUCCUCAAGUUUAACAGCACUUUUGGACGAGAGCCUGCAGGCGAUGAAUUUGCUGAUUAA